CCCCAGCUGUGACGUGCCCCUUCAGCACGUAGAAUGUUGUGACAGAAAGUUGCCAGACGUCGCGCAGCAACCGCCGUGACAAAGGAGUGUGAGCGUUCGAAACCAACUAUGUGCGGAAUUUUUGCCUACCUCAACUAUCACGUACCGCAGACGAGAAGAGAGAUUAUUGAAACUUUGUUUAAGGGACUGCAGAGACUAGAAUACAGAGGGUACGAUUCUGCAGGCAUUGGAAUUGACAGAGGUAACAACAAGGAGUGGGAAGACAAAGGGAAACAAAUCUCUAUCAUUAAAAGAAAUGGGAAAAUAAAGACCUUGGAAGAGGAAGUAAACAAACAAGAAGAUGUUGACUUUGAUGCUGAGUUUGAAACACAUUUUGGUAUAGCACAUACCCGCUGGGCAACACAUGGUGUUCCGAAUAUUGUUAAUAGUCAUCCCCAGAGGUCUGAUAAAGACAAUGAGUUUAUCGUCAUUCACAAUGGCAUCAUUACAAACCACAAAAACCUGCGAAAGUUUCUGGAGAGCAAAGGGUAUGAGUUUGAGUCUGAAACGGAUACGGAAUCGAUUGCAAAGCUGAUCAAGUACGUCCACGAUAACAGCGAGAGUGAGAACAUUAGCUUUGCUACUCUGGUUGAGAGAGUCAUCCAGCAACUGGAAGGAGCUUUCGCCUUGGUGUUCAAGAGUGUUCAUUUCCCUGGGCAAGCUGUCUGUACCAGACGGGGAAGCCCUCUGAUGAUUGGCGUGAGGAGCAAUGAUAAACUUUCUACAGAUCACAUCCCAGUUCUGUAUCGCACAUGUAAAGAAGUGACAAAAAACUGUCCAGCUUCCCGCUCAGAUGACACCUCCUUGUAUCCAGUUGGGGAAGAGAAGUCUGUGGAGUACUACAUUGCAUCAGAUGCCAGCGCCAUCAUUGAACACACGAACCGAGUGAUUUUCCUGGAGGACAAUGACGUGGCAGCGGUGGUCGCAGGCUGCCUUUCGAUUCAUCGGGUGGAACGCACGCCAAGUGACUGCCCGGCACGUGGCAUUCAAACCCUGCAAGUGGAGAUGCAGCAGAUGAUGAAAGGAAACUACAGCUCCUUUAUGCAGAAAGAAAUCUUUGAGCAACCAGAAUCGGUGGUAAAUACCAUGAGGGGAAGAGUCAAUUUUGAAAAUAACACAGUGAUCCUCGGUGGACUGAAGGAUUCAAUUAAAGAAAUCAGAAGGUGCAGACGCUUGUUAAUUAUCGCUUGUGGAACCAGUUACCACUCUGGACUAGCGACACGACAAAUUCUGGAGGAGCUGACGGAGCUGCCAGUCACGGUGGAACUUUCUAGCGACUUCCUGGAUCGUAGUACGCCCGUAUUCCGGGACGACGUGUGCUUUUUCCUCAGCCAAUCAGGUGAAACCGCAGACACUUUAAUGGCCUUGAGAUACUGCAAAGGGAGACGAACCCUGACUGUUGGCAUCACCAACACAGUGGGCAGUUCGAUCUCCCGAGAGACCGACUGUGGUGUCCACAUCAACGCCGGACCAGAAAUCGGUGUGGCAAGUACCAAGGUUUACACAAGCCAGUUUGUGGCUCUCGUGAUGUUUGCCCUCAUGAUGUCUGAGGAUCGGAUUUCCAUGCAGCAGCGACGCAAGGAGAUUAUUCAGGGCCUACAGAAUCUUCCAGAGCAAAUAAAGGAAGUUCUCAGCUCAGACGAGGAGAUCCAGAGAUUAGCAAGCGAGCUGUAUCAGCAGAAGUCCGUGCUCAUUAUGGGCCGUGGUUAUCAUUAUGCCACUUGCCUGGAGGGGGCGUUGAAAAUUAAGGAGAUUACUUUCAUGCACUCGGAGGGAAUCCUGGCCGGAGAGCUGAAGCACGGGCCCUUGGCACUGGUGGACCAUCGGAUGCCUGUCAUCAUGGUGGUCAUGAGAGACCCCACCUUCGUCAAGUGUCAGAAUGCAUUGCAGCAAGUGGUGGCCCGUCAGGGGCGGCCCAUCCUGAUCUGUGAGAAGAACGAUGAGGAGACGAUGAAGAAUGCUUACCGUGCGAUCAAAGUUCCCCACACAGUGGAUUGCCUGCAGGGAAUCCUCAGUGUUAUCCCUCUCCAGCUUCUCGCCUUCCACCUCGCUGUCCUCCGAGGCUAUGACGUGGACGACAACAAGCGACUGAGGAAGAUUGAAGCAGAUUACGUGCCGAUGUGAGAUGGCGCGUGAUUUGUGAGUCAGCGCGAUGGCUAGAGACUGUAUCCACUGUUUGGAGGCCGUGUUCGCCUUACUGGGAGCAAUGUUCACAGACAACGCACAGUUUACUCUUAGUUUGUAUUUUUGGGCAACAGGAAUUCUUUGGUCAACAAAAAUAAUGAAACUAUCCGGGAAUACACUGGCCUCAAUCAUAUGGGGCGCGGAAUAAUUUUCUAGUCUAUUAUUUUCUAAUGCUUAGGGCAUUUUUAAAGCUCUUUCAUACCAAAUUGUUUAGCCACUGUAGCAGAAGCAGUAUUUUUUGAAAACUUCAUUGACAUGGUGGUGAUUUUUGUGAGACUAACGCAAAUGUGCGGCUGGGAAAUGGAAUUUGUGUCUGUGUCAGCUCUCUCGACUUAAAUUUGUUGCCAGAUCUUUGUGUUAAUUCCAUGCUUUGCCACUGCUGUUUACUUUUCCCACUGAGGAGUGCGGGAGACCUCGAGUGAUAGUUGAAUAAACUUGGGAAUGCUGAAAUGCUGAAAUCAUGGAGAUGUGCAGCACGGAAACAGGUCCUUCAGUCCCAGACGUCCAUGCCAACCAGAUAUCCUCAAUUAAUCCAGUCCUAUUUGCCAGCGUUUUGCACUUAAGAGGUCCUUGAUGAAAUUUGGACCCUGGACAGAGGGUGUCAAUCUCCUCCAGUCAAUGCAGACUUUAUCUGUGCAGGAAAACCGUGGGGAGCACAAGUGCAGCGUUAUCGAUAAUGUGCUACUGCCUGUAAGGCAUCAAACCGGGAGACUGGAUUCAUAAAGCUGCCUCCUCAUUCUAACUCUUUGCCCCUAGGAUCAUUGCAUGAUGUAACUGCCAGGUUUCUCUGUAGGUUUAAAAAUCCUUAUCUUCUUGACCUACAUUUAUGCUGAUUUUGGGUCCCUCUUGCUGUCUGCUGCCUGAACAGUGAAAAGCAUGCUGCAUUAUAUACAGGAUUUGGAGAUGCCAGGAUUUGGAGUGUUGGA